GGAGCUGUGCAGAGAAACGAGGAGGACUUUCCCGCAGCCAUGGCCGCAGCCGCCCGGGCCCGGGUCGCGCACUUGCUAAAGCAACUGCAGCGCGCAGCAUGCAAGUGCCCAGCACAUUCUCAUACUUACUCCCAAGCUCCUGGACUUUCAUCUUCUGAGAAAACAACAGAUUAUGCCUUUGAGAUGGCUGUUUCAAAUAUUAGAUAUGGAGCAGGAGUUACAAAAGAAGUAGGCAUGGACCUACAGAACAUGGGAGCUAAAAAUAUUUGCUUGAUGACAGAUAAGAACCUCUCCCGACUCCCUCCUGUACAAGUAGUUAUGAAUUCCCUAGUAAAGAAUGGCAUCAACUUUCAGGUUUAUGAUGAUGUGAGGGUGGAACCAACAGAUACAAGCUUCAAGGAUGCAAUCGAGUUUGCCAGAAAGGGAUCUUUUGAUGCCUAUGUUGCUGUGGGUGGUGGCUCCACCAUAGACACCUGCAAAGCUGCUAAUCUAUAUGCCUCCAACCCUCACUCAGAGUUCCUUGAUUACGUCAAUGUCCCCAUUGGAAAGGGAAAACCCGUGUCUGAGCCUCUUAAGCCUCUGAUUGCAGUCCCAACUACCUCAGGAACUGGGAGUGAAACUACUGGGGUUGCCAUUUUUGACUAUGAAAGCUUGAAAGUAAAAACUGGCAUUGCUUCACGAGCCAUCAAACCCACACUGGGACUAGUUGACCCUCUUCACACUCUCCACAUGCCUAGCCAAGUGGUCGCCAACAGUGGCUUCGAUGUGCUCUGCCAUGCACUGGAGUCAUACACUGCCCUUCCCUACCACAUGCGGAGCCCCUGCCCUUCUAAUCCCAUCACACGGCCAGCGUACCAGGGCAGCAACCCAAUCAGUGACAUUUGGGCGGUCCACGCACUGAGGAUCGUUGCUAAGUACCUGAAGAGGGCUGUCAGAAAUCCUGAUGAUCUUGAAGCAAGGUCUAAUAUGCACUUGGCAAGCACUUUUGCUGGCAUUGGCUUUGGAAAUGCUGGUGUUCAUCUGUGCCAUGGAAUGUCCUACCCGAUUUCAGGUUUAGUGAAGACAUAUAAAGCAAAAGAUUAUAAUGUGGAUCACCCACUGGUGCCCCAUGGCCUUUCUGUGGUGCUCACAUCCCCUGCAGUGUUCACGUUCACAGCCCAGAUGUUUCCAGAGCGGCACCUGGAGACAGCAGAAAUAUUGGGAGCGGACACUCGCACUGCCAGGAUCCAAGAUGCUGGGCCUGUGUUGGCAGACACACUCCGGAAAUUCUUAUUUGAUCUAAAUGUUGAUGAUGGCCUAGCUGCCAUUGGUUACUCCAAGGCCGAUAUCCCUGCAUUAGUGAAAGGAACAUUGCCCCAGGAAAGGGUCACCAAGCUUGCACCCCGUCCCCAAUCAGAAGAGGAUCUGUCUACUCUGUUUGAAGCAUCAAUGAAACUAUAUUAGUUGUCAUUUUAACUGAAAGAAAAUCAUCCACUAUAGCCCUGAAAACAGAAGUUGACCUGGCUAGAGCACUGUCUUUUCAUCUCUUCACAUAAUUUACCUGCUACCAGUUUGAAUGUGAUAGAUAAAAAUUUAUCCUACAGGAGAGUCCUGAUGUUUGGAGUCAAGUUAUUUCCAUAAAAUAAGCUACACAAGUGCUCACUAUGUCAGACCCCUGGGCCAGACUUCAGGUGUUAGUGUUCCUGUGCCAAACCCGACAGAACACUCUGCCUCUAUUCCAUGUGUCAAAUGGGCAAAAACUCACUAUUUAUCAAAUAUGUACCUAUACUCUGCCCAGGAACUGCAUGUCUAGAAAUUUAUCCUGUAGAAAGAUUAGUACAAGUCUAUAAAGAAAUAUGAUGAGAUGUUUUGGGAAAGAUUUUUUUAAGUAACAAAAAAUUGAAACAAUCUAAAUAUUCAUUAAGUCAUCACAUCUUCUAGUCCCCUACCCCAGAAGGAUAACACACCAUUGAGGAAAUAUAAAUAGCCAUAGGAAGUGCAGGCUGUCUUUGCUGACUUUACUCGUAACAAUUGUUGAAAAAUAGAAAAGAAAAAAAAAAAAGAAAAAUAGAGCAAAUUACUAAACUAGUUUGGAAAA